CUUGGCGUCACCAGACUGUUGUAAAUGGUUGCCAGGGGCAACUGAGUGAGACUGAGUGAGACGGAGGCCUAGCGUGCUCCUUGAGGCAUGUCUAGCAAUGGCAUGGGAGAAUUUGGGUCCCUCUAAAGGCAAAAAUGGGUCCAGCCCAGUAAAGAAAAGAAGCAACACUGAAGCCUUGCAUUGCAGCCCUACUUAUGGCAUCUAACCAGGGGAAAUGUUUUUCAAGUUUCUGGGAUAGCUCCUCUCCCUCCCUCUGAAAACAGCCCUUCUCUCAAAUUUUCAGAUACCUUUACAAUUUUAUGGACAGACCAGGGCACUGUGCAAGAACCAAGAUGCCAGAGAAAGCAUUAACCAAGGAAUGACAGCCAGUCUCCCUCCUCCCGCUAGAGAUGCCUGCUCUCACCCUUCCCUGUAAUCAGGGCAAGAGUCCCUUGCAGGGCAACUAUUACUUUGUGGGACUCUGCUACAGAUUGUACAGGAAGAGACCAUCUUUACAACAAUGAGUGUCUGCAAAAAGAGAACCUCACCUUAUCUGCACAGCUUCCACCCGGCUGUCCUGAGAGCCUCCACGGGUCAACAGAACCUCUCUCAUGCUGUUAAGAGGCUGUUUAUCAUUCCUUCUGGACAGCUGCCACCUGACUGGCUGUAGAAUCUUCCCAGUUCGUUGGUAUUGCCAAUGUCUGACUGUUUGCUAAGUAUUCAACUGCUUCUUGUCUGUCAGUGGAGACUUCAGGUUAUCUGUUAAUUCUCCAGAGGUUUAUCAGCCUAUAAUCAUGCGAAAGCCUGGACAUCUGAAAGCAACCGACUGGAAGGAUGGAAGGAGACAUGGGCGGCCAUCAGACACUCACGCUAAUCAGGGUCACUUCAGUUGGGAGAAAUACCUAAAAGAAACGGGGUCCCAGCCAGCACCCCCUCACUGCUUCCGGCAGUCGUGUUCACCUCCCUCCAAUGAUUAUAAGAUAGGAAUGAAGUUGGAAGCCCAAGAUCCAAGGAACACAACAUCCACCUGCAUUGCCUCUGUAGUGGGUCUCACAGGAGCCAGACUCAGACUGCGGCUUGAUGGCAGUGACAACAAGAAUGAUUUCUGGAGACUGGUGGACUCUUCCGAGAUUCAGCCUAUUGGGACAUGUGAGAAGAGUGGUGGCAUGUUACAGCCCCCACUAGGCUUCAGGCUCAAUGCCUCCUCAUGGCCUAUGUUUCUUCUAAAGACUCUAAAUGGAGCCGAGAUGGCACCUGCCAAAGUAUUUCACAAGGAGCCACCAUCACCACCCCAGAAUUAUUUUGAAAUUGGGAUGAAGUUGGAGGCUGUGGACAGAAAAAAUCCUCAUUUUAUCUGCCCUGCAACCAUAGGAGAAUUGAGAGGCAGUGAGAUUCUUGUAACAUUUGACGGCUGGAGAGGAGCAUUUGAUUACUGGUGUCGAUAUGACUCCCGGGAUAUAUUUCCUGUGGGAUGGUGCUCCCUUACUGGUGAUAACUUGCAGCCUCCAGGGACCAAAGUGGCCAUUCCCAAGAGCCCACUGCCAGCUGCUGGAAUUGCAACAUCAAUGAUGAGAGGCCCAAAGAACUUGCUUCCAGUUGUACCUGGCCGUAGACGCAGAAAGCCAGGGAGGAAGAAGGGACAGCUGCCAAAAGCUCUAGUCCAUCAGUUGUCCAGCCAACCCUCUAAACUCUGUGAACCCUUUCGUUUUCCCAAGAAAAGAGGCCCCAAGCCAGGAAGUAAGAGAAAGCCUCGACUUUUGCUAAACCAGAUUCCUACAUCCCCCACCAACAGCACCCCAGAGCCAGACACCAGCACAGUUCCACAGGAUGCAGCAACCAUUCCAUGUGCCGCCAUGCAGGCACCAACAGUUUGUAUUUAUCUGAACAAAAAUGGAGAUUCAGGCCCUCACCUAGAUCGUAAGAAGGUCCAACAUCUACCAGAUCAUUUUGGACCUGCACGAGCUUCUGUGGUCUUACAACAAGCAGUGCAAGCUUGCAUAGACUGUGCGUACCAUCAAAAGACUGUGUUCAGCUUCCUAAAGCAGGGCCAUGGUGGAGAAAUUAUAUCUGCUGUGUUUGAGAGGGAGCAACACACACUCAAUCUGCCAGCAGUGAACAGUAUUGGUUAUGUCCUCCGUUUUCUUGAGAAGCUUUGCCGGAACCUGCGCAGUGAGAAUCUGUUUGGAAACCAACCUUUUACCCAGAAUUCAUCGCUGCAAACAGGGUCAUGUGACAAUGACCGAUAUCUGGCAGAAAGGAGUAACUGUGACGGCAGUCUCCAUGGUCCAGGAAGAGGUUCUAAGAGAUAUCCCAGUGAAACUCCCCCGUAUAACGCUCCUUUGUGUCCCAAGUUACCAAAGAAUGAUUGUCAUGCAUCCGAGGGAGAGACAUUCAUGCUGGAUGCUGGACUCCCAGGAUCUCUGGAGCAGCAUCUGGGUACAGUGGACUCACCCACUAGUCCCAACACUAGCCGGGUAUCUAGGGAGUAUCGUUCUCCCUCUUAUCGAAGUGUCCACAAACCUAGCAAUAUUUCCCAGGGAACUGUGCGCCGGCUGAGCUCAGGUGAGUCAGAGAGGUACCCAAGUGGCCGGCCGGCACCACGUGACCCAUCCUUGUGGAACACUGAGGAUGUCAUGCAGUUUGUCAGAGAUGCUGACCCACAGCUGGGAUUCCAUGCUGAACUUUUCCGUAAACAUGAAAUUGAUGGCAAGGCCUUGCUCCUCUUAAGAAGUGAUGUUAUGAUGAAAUACAUGGGUCUGAAGCUUGGUCCUGCACUGAAGCUCUCUCACCACAUAGACAAACUCAAGCAAGUGAAGUUCUGACCACUACUUCUGGCUCGUAUUUGCACCCUUUGUAUACUGAUGCCUAGGACUCUGCUGCCUUGGCAAGCUUCUGGAGAAUAUCCCUCCAAGGAACAUGAUGCAACAUGCCGGAAAUCCCUAUUUUGGGGGAUUUUAUUUGGCGGAUAAACACAGUUUCUAAUGGAGGAGUGUUUUCUCUAAACCUAUGAACUUGUCAUUAAUAUUUCACACUAGUGGGAAAGGGUGGGGAAAACAACGCAUUACAUUUUGGAAGGGUUGUAGGAUUAUCCUACACCUUGUUGUGUGCUGAAUACAACCAAUACUUUUUGUUAUAUUAUAUAGUACUGACAGUGCACACAGUGCUGUACAUAGUAGAAUAAAUUAGGCACAAUGAAAUAUUACCCAAAAGAGUUUGUAAUUGAAUGGUUUAUUAGUGAUAUAAUGGGGCCAGUUUUAUGAACAGGUCCCACUAUCCAGAAGCCAAUGGUCAAUAAAAUGUUUUCUGCAGGAUAACAUUAUCUGAGAGUCUAAAGCGUUCAGUACAGAUAUGCUACAAAGACCCAUACAGCUUUACUUGCCAGACAGAAACAUAAGCUAGACCCGUUGCCACCAGCCAGCUGGACGGAUAUGUGUGUCUGUCACACCUUGUCCCUGAACUGAUAACAACACCUUUACUAGUAGAAACCCAGGCUGGGAAGUGUUUGCCAACAUGCCGGAGACACCUAGGGGAUCAGGAAUGAGGGUAAUAAAUAUUGGCAUUUAGAAAUCAACAAUAACCCUUGUCUCUUUGCUAUAAUGGGUAUAGGUCAGUAGUGGGGUAUGGGUGGGGAUCAUUUAACUGACACUUAUCUUGCACCUAUCUUUGGUCAGUGGGAUCACAAACCUUAAUAUUAUUUGAAUGUUGUCCAAUCCCUACGUGUGACUUGCAUUCGGAGAUUGCCACUUAUAGAGGAUGUAGUUGUGUUUUACUAAGGUUUUUUUUUUUUUGCUUCUCCUAUAUUUUUGUGUGGCAAAAUAAUGUUCAAAAUGUUUUAAAAGGGUAAAGAAUCCAUUGUCCAGAAACCGGUUAUUCAGAAAUUUCCCAUAGACUCCAUUUUAAUCAUAGUUUUUUUCAAAAUGAUUUCCCUUUUCUCUGUAAUAGUACCUUGUACUUAAUCCGAACGAAGAUAUAAUGAAUCAUUGUUAGAGGCAAAACAAUCCUUCUGAGUUUAAUUACUGUUAGUAUUUUAGUUGAUUUAAGGUAUGGAGUUCCAAAUUACAGAAAUACCCCUUAUACCCCUGUGCUUGUAAUCCCGUGCUGCGGCGCAUGCAUGGGAGCGUUCGUGAGGGCUGAAAAUCUGCAGGUCACCCAUCAGGCACCUUUAUUAUCUAAUCAUUGACUAGUUGGCCAAAUGAUCAGACCAGCCCAUUAAGGCCCAGAAUGCAGGUGGCCAAACUGAGCAAAGAUUCACACGCUUUGGCAAGCUUAGCAAAUGAGCAGAUCUUAUAUUUGGGUUCCUAUGGUACCUCCCCUACUGCUUCAUAACCCUGAAAGAGCUGAUUGUGCUGUGCAUGCAACGGUUCAAAUGUAAAUAAUAUCACCAGGGGAAGCAUAGAAUGCAUGUUGGCCCCCUUGAAAGGUAAGUGUGGUGUCAAUGAGAAGCAGUAUAGAAACCAAUGGCUUUGUGCUAAUUUAAGAAGCUUAUAUUAAUUGCAUCUUGUCUGUAUUUUAUAAAGUCUGGAAUCUGCCAUAGAAAACAUGUGUUAGUGCCCCCAGAGUGGUGAGGCUGGUGAUCAAGCAAAUGUACUGCAUAAGGUCAUGUCAUUUAAUUAGUCUCCCAAUAUUUUCAAUGUGGCAGAAAAAUAAAACAAAUUCUGUUACCAUA